UAAAGGUCGGCCCCGGAAAGAUGGCGGCCCCCUUGGAACUCAGUUGCUGGGGAGGCGGUUGGGGGCUCCCGUCGGUGCACAGCGAGUCUCUGGUGGUGAUGGCUUAUGCCAAAUUUUCUGGUGCACCCUUGAAAGUCAAUGUCAUAGACAGCACCUGGAGAGGUUCAAGAGGUGAGGUACCAAUUUUGACAGCUGACGACAACAUUGUUUCUCAACCUGCAAAAAUACUAAACUUUUUAAGAAAACAGAAAUAUAAUGCUGAUUAUGAACUGUCAGCAAAACAAGGGGCAGAUACGCUGGCUUACAUUGCUCUCCUCGAAGAGAAGCUUCUCCCUGCUGUGCUCCACACUUUCUGGGUAGAGAGUGACAAUUAUUUUACUGUGACAAAGCCAUGGUUUGCUUCACGAAUUCCUUUUCCCUUGAGUUUGAUCCUGCCUGGAAAGAUGUCUAGGGGAGCACUGAAUAGGAUUCUCCUGACCAGAGGAGAGCCUCCCCUUUACCACGUCCAAGAAGUAGAAGCACAGAUAUACAGAGAUGCCAAGGAGUGCCUAAACCUUCUAUCAGACAGACUGGGAAGAUCUCAAUUCUUUUUUGGAGAUACGCCUUCUACCUUGGAUGCCUAUGUGUUUGGUUUUCUUGCACCUCUUUAUAAAGUACAGUUUCCUAAAGUUCAGUUACAAGAACAUCUGAAACAGCUUUCCAACCUCUGUCGCUUUUGUGAUGACAUCCUAAAUAGUUACUUUAGGCUUAGUCUUGGAGGCAUCUCUCCAGCUGGACAAGAAACGGUAGAUGCAAAUCUGCAGAAACUCACACAGCUUGUAAAUAAGGAAUCCAACUUGAUUGAAAAGAUGGAUGACAAUCUUCGUCAAAGCCCUCAGCUUCCUCCUCGGAAACUGCCAGCACUCAGAUUGACUCCCGCAGAAGAAGACAGUAAUUCCUUACAACGGCUGUCACCCUGAUGGUCGUUGCACUUCGUGGUCGUAGUUGUAUGAAUUGAUAUAAUCUCUUGAACCAGGUGUAUAAGGCAAAAAGAAAAUACUGUUAAUAGGUAUAAGGAAGACUCUAAAACAAAAGCUCUGUGACAUCUUUUUUUUUUUUAAAUUAAGAAGCUUGUAUUUUAGCUUGGCAAUACAUUUUAAAUAAAGGUGAAUGCUAAGUGAAUAUGGUGGGUGGGAGGGAAAACACAUUAUACUGUGUAUAUAUAUAUAUUAAAAACCUGCCUUAAUCUUGGCAGAUUUUGGCCUUUGGUUCAUGUGUUGCUGACCAAAGCUACAAUUCUGUUCUGAAUGUGCAUUCUUAAUUUAUUCCAGUUAAUUUAUUCAGUUUAUUAACUUAGUUUUCUUAGACCUGUCUGAAUACAUAAUAUGUGGCUCUA